GCAGUUUUAAAAAGGCUUGGAUGCAAACCGGCUGAAUAGCAGUGGCGCCAUGCCCUUUGAGUCAGACUUCGUGCAUGCGGUAGAUGGGUUGCUGUCCUCGUGGUGGGGCCACUGGCACGAGGACAGCUUUCCGCAUGCAGCCAGUGUACAUGCCAGUGGUAUGGAACAUGCAACCGAGGUGCCGCACCACCCGGCCCUUGCAGCCUCGUUUUUGGAGAGGCCUGUCCAGGGCAGCUUUCUUUGGACGACUGAGCAGCUCCUGCAACGCCGACAACAGCUUCGGGUAGCUGUCGCAGUGGAAAGUUCCAUUGCUGCCUCCGGGACCGGCCUUUUUGUGGCUAAAUUGAUGCGUAUCCUCAGACGUCUUCAAGCUGAAGAGGAAGCCAAAGAGGACAGUGAAGAAAAUGAGGAGGAGGAGAGUGAGGAUGAGGAUGAUAGCAACGAGGAGCUAGCGCCACCACCACCGCAGGUUGCCACAGUGCGCCUCAACAUGAACUCGCACAUUCAGAAAGGAGCAAAACAAGCAGACGUCGCAGCUGCUCACCUCUGAAGGGGAAUGGAGUGGACUCGGCGAAAAGUGGG